ACAAGCUCUGGAUCGAUCAAUUCUUGCCUGUUGAGGCCUAGGGGGGGAACGAAUUAAGAGCUAGGAGGAGGAUGGCGACGAGGACUACCGGGACGAUGGUGCUUUUCUUGUUCCUGCUGCUGGCGGCGGCGGCGAUGACGGCGACGGCGCGUGAUGAUCUCCGGCGGUUGGAGGAGAAAGCCGUGCCGCCGGGCGUGAGCACCGAGAAGGCUCCGGAAGGCCAUCUCCGCUACCGCCUCGUCACGGGCGCCAUCGAGAAGGUUAUCGGCCGGAGCUCCCGCCUGGACCUGGAGAUAAAACAGGCGCCGGGAGAAGAAGAAGCAGACGCCUAGAAGAUCUCCAUAUAGCUUGCUGGCCGAUCGAGCCCUAGCGUGUCCUAGGGACGUCAACCGGUCGAGCUAAAUCGAGGACGAAUGCACUGCGCGCUCCCUCGGUUCUCAAAUUCUUGUGGUAAAUUUGAACUAAAACCGCUGCAGAAAAAUUUAGGAACCAAGGGUACGUGCAUGCAUGUACAAAUGUUUGUAUGUACGUACUGAUUCGACCGAUCAAUCGGUCGGUCGUCCAUGCAUGCAUACACGUACGUAAAAAAGAUGCAUGUACAUAUACACAUGUAUCAUUAAUAUUUGUACUUACUGGAGUACAUCGAGUAUUAUACUACGUGCACUAAAAAGAUGCCGGACCGA